AUGAGCUCACUGGUUCUACUGCUGGCCACCCUGGGGCUCCUGGUUCAGGGUUCAUCAGGACAAAUCACCCUGACUCAGUCUCCUGAAUCUCAGUCUGUUGUUCCAGGACAGACUGUCUCCAUCAGAUGUAAAACCAGUUCAAGCGUUAGUGGCUGGCUGAGCUGGUACCUUCAGAAACCUGGAGAAGCUCCUAAACUCCUGAUUUAUGCAGCUUCAAGCCGUCAGUCUGGAGUUCCAGGUCGUUUCAGUGGAAGUGGAUCUGGGACUGACUACAGUCUGACCAUCAGUGGAGUUCAGGCUGAAGAUUCAGGAGUUUACGACUGUCAGCAGAGUAACAGCAGCCCGUUCACACACGUCUCUGAGAGAGGAGUCUGGGAGCCCUGGGUGGCCUCGCAGGUCACAGAGCCCACCUUCCCCCACUGGUCUGCAGGGAGCCUCAGGGACAGAGUCCAGUCUGAGGGGAAGCCCUUGUUGGCCAGACACAUGAGCGUGGCCUUCCCCUGCCGCAGCUCCUCACUGGAGGGGGGCAGCACCGUCAGGAAAAACAUGACUCUGAUCGGCGUCCUCAUCUGGACUCUCCUCUGCUGCUGCUUCACAGAGUCCAGAGGCCAGAUCACAGUGACUCAGCCUGGAGCAGUGAGGUCUGCUCUGGGAGAGUCCGUCACCAUCAACUGUAAGACCAGUCCAGGGGUUUAUGGUGGGAGCUAUUUACACUGGUACCAACAGAAAGAUGGAGAAACUCCUAAACUGCUCAUUUACUAUGCUAACAGCCGAGCAUCAGGGAUUCCAGAUCGUUUUACAGGCAGUGGAUCAAACACUGACUUCACUCUGACCAUCAGUGGAGUCCAGACUGAAGAUGCAGCAGUUUACUACUGUCAGAGUUUUCAUUAUAUCAACAGUCAGGUUGUGUUCACACAGUGAAAAAGAGUCGUACAAAAACCUCCCUCAGUCAGACUGAACAGAAACUGAACUGACUGCUGCAGCUGGAAGCUACAACAGAGACUGAUACACUUCACUGAGGACACACACACACA